AAAUUUUAACGGGAAAAAAUGGUGACUUUUCUGGGCUUCCACUUGUUGGAAAGUCUUGAAAAGGAAGAUGAGUAAAGAGAGCGAAAGUUGCGGCCUUCUUGGUCAGCUUACCUUCUUUAACUUGUGGCUGCGCUCAAGCUAUAAGUGCAGACAAAAAACAAAAAUCACCCCCAAAAUCUCUCCGUCUCUCAACUCUCAAGUGUCAAGCAAGAAGCUCUGAAAUUCUUUUGAGUUUCGGUUAGAUUUGUUCUAUUUGAGAAUGCCCAUGAUCGAGAGGAAACAUAUGAAGCGGGUUUCGCCGCUCUUCGUGGUGUUCGGACUCGGGUUUCUUCUCGCCGCUUAUAAUUUGCUGAACAUGGCUAUGCACCACAAAAGCCCGAACUUGGGGGCUGCCGUGGCCAACGGAUUGGGGAUGUCCGAUCCCAUCACCCAGGUGCCCGGAAAUACGAAGAGAACGCGGGAUCCUGGCUUGCGAUACCAUGUUGCUGUCACGGGGACCGGUGCUCCUUAUAGCCAGUGGCAGUGCCGAAUUAUGUACUACUGGUACAAGAAGGUCAGGGACAUGCCCGGAUCGGACAUGGGAAAGUUCACCAGGAUUCUGCACUCGGGAAGUCCUGAUAACUUGAUCGAGGAAAUGCCCAGUUUCGUGGUUGACCCUCUUCCUGAAGGCCUGGAUCGAGGUUAUAUCGUCUUAAACAGACCAUGGGCUUUUGUGCAAUGGCUAGAAAGUGCAACUAUUGAGGAAGAGUAUAUUCUAAUGGCGGAGCCGGACCACAUAUUUGUAAAUCCUUUGCCUAACUUGGCAAAGGGAAGCCACCCAGCAGGAUACCCAUUCUUCUACAUCAAACCAGCUGACAAUGAAAAGAUCAUUAGGAAGUUUUACCCCAAAGAUAAGGGUCCUGUAACUGAUGUUGAUCCCAUUGGGAAUUCUCCAGUAAUUAUUCGAAAGUCUAUUCUGGGGGAAAUUGCACCUACAUGGAUGAAUGUCUCUUUAAGAAUGAAGGACGACGCCGAAACUGACAAGGCCUUUGGAUGGGUGCUAGAAAUGUAUGCUUAUGCUGUAGCAUCUGCUCUCCACAAGGUGAAGCAUAUUCUUCGGAAGGACUUCAUGCUGCAGCCACCAUGGGAUCUAGAAGUUGGAAAGAAUUUCAUAAUUCAUUACACUUAUGGCUGCGACUAUUCUUUGAAGGGUGAGCUGACAUAUGGGAAGAUUGGAGAAUGGCGCUUCGACAAGAGAUCCUAUCUUAGCGGCCCACCUCCAAGAAAUCUUUCUUUGCCUCCACCAGGUGUUCCUGAAAGUGUAGUCCGACUGGUGAAGAUGGUAAAUGAGGCCACUGCUAAUAUUCCCCGGUGGGAAACUCUAAAUAGAAGCUAACCUGCCACGUGAAAAUCAUUACAGAACUGCACAUAUCCUCUUUUUGCUAUUUUUUGCUAGUGGUCUUAAGGGACGACCCUACGGUGAUUUAACAUCACAGAGAAGAAUUGGCGGCUCAGGCAGCUAAACAAGAAGCUCAAGCCACACAAUAGAUAUUGAGAAUGCUGGGACAGUUAUACAAUACUGGUUAUUUUCCUUUUACUGUAUAAAAACAGUUGUAGCGCCUGUCACGGAAAAAGUUUUGAGAGGCUCAAAGGGUUUUGUCGACCGAAUGUUCUUGUUGGACAGAACGUAGUUUGGUCAACUGAUGAACAUUUGUAAGUUCCUGUGCGAAGCCUAAGAACAAAAGAGUGACAAAUAGCAUGCGUGAUGGAAUCCUUCAA